AUCAUCGGUCGAACUGGAUAAAUACUCGUAAGAACGUCACGUCAUCUGGAAAUUUCAUAAAAACAAACGUAAUUUCCACGUUCAGCGGUUAAAUUUGGACUACUCUCUAUCUCUCUCCCCGCGCUCUCUCUCUUACCAGCCUCGGCCUCGUCGGAGCCAACCAGAGACGCAGCUUAAUUCGGGCACCCGGAGAUACGAAAAGCACAUACCUUGGAUAUUCUCAUGAUCCUAAAUUCUGAAUUUCCGUGAAUCGAAGAGUUUGGUUUUGUUAUUUUUGUGGGAAAUGAGCUUACAGAGAUAACAAUGAAGAAGGUAGGGAAGUAUGAGGUUGGGCGAACCAUCGGCGAAGGAACAUUCGCCAAGGUUAAGUUUGCCAGGAACAUCGAAACCGGUGAAAGUGUGGCCAUGAAGAUUUUGGCCAAAAGCACCAUUCUCAAGCACAGAAUGGUUGAUCAGAUUAAAAGAGAGAUAUCCAUAAUGAAGAUUGUCAGGCAUCCUAAUAUAGUACGGUUGCAUGAGGUUUUGGCAGGCCGGACGAAAAUAUUUAUAAUUCUCGAGUUUGUAACUGGAGGAGAAUUGUUUGAUAAAAUUGUUCACCAAGGAAAGCUUCCUGAAUAUGAAUCCAGGAAAUACUUUCAACAGCUCAUAGAUGCAGUUGCCCAUUGUCAUAGUAAGGGUGUGUUCCACAGAGACCUGAAGCCCGAGAAUCUUCUCCUUGAUUCUUAUGGCAAUUUGAAGGUUUCUGAUUUUGGACUAAGUGCAUUGCUUCAACAAGGAGUUCGUCUUCUUCACACUACGUGUGGAACCCCAAACUAUGUUGCGCCUGAGGUGCUGGGGGACCAAGGUUAUGAUGGCGCAGCUGCUGAUGUUUGGUCAUGUGGGGUCAUCCUAUAUGUUCUAAUGGCUGGAUAUCUCCCAUUUGAUGAGACAAACCUUCCUACCCUAUAUAGAAAGAUUAAUGCAGCAGAGUUUUCCUGUCCAUAUUGGUUUUCUCCUGCGGCAAAUUCUCUGAUACAUAAGAUACUUGAUCCUAAUCCUAAAACUCGUAUUCAGAUUGGAGGAAUCAGAAAGGAUCCUUGGUUUAGGAAAAAUUAUGUGCCUUUCAAAAAUGGGGAAGAUGAGGAAGUGAGUUUGGAUGAUGUUCGUGCAGUGUUUGAGGAUAUUGAGGACCAAUAUGUAGCAGAGAGAUCAGAAAGUAAGGAUGGCGGUCCAUUAUUAAUGAAUGCAUUUGAGAUGAUUACCCUAUCCCAAGGGCUAAAUCUAUCAGCAUUGUUUGAUAGGAGACAGGAUUACAUAAACCGGCAAACUCGAUUUGUUUCCCGAAAACCAGCUAAAGUUAUAAUUUCAAAUGUAGAAGCUGUUGCAGAAUCAAUGAGUCUGAAGGUCCAUACACGUAAUUACAAGACAAGACUAGAAGGAAUAUCUUCAAAUAAGGCCGGACAAUUUGCAGUUGUCCUCGAGGUUUAUGAAGUUGCACCAUCCCUUUUCAUGGUGGAUGUUCGAAAGGCUGCAGGAGAUACUCUUGAAUAUCAUAAGUUUUACAAAAAUUUCUGUGCCAAAUUAGAAGACAUUAUUUGGAAACCAAAAGAGGGUAUGGCUAGUUCCAAUCUGCUUCGAACAAUGACUUGCUGAUCCAUUUCCUUUGGGUGUGAUGCAAAUCAGUGAGCAGCAUUCUAGUGUGUUCUCCGUUGGGACAUGUACUGAAAAUAGACAGCAUACUAGUGUGUUCUCCGUAUGUUGUAGUCUUUGUAUUUAUUUUUUUAUUUUGGUCAGUUUUGGUUUCAAUAUUGUUACGCCUACAAUCAUGAAAAGAAAAUCUAGUAAUUUUCCAUCGAAAGAUGUCACCGUGUAUUUAGUGUGUCGGAAAUGACCCUCCCAAUGUAUAAUCAUGAAGAUUGUUUAUUUAAUCCACCAAUGUAGCGGUUUCUUUAUGAUUC